UAUUUCUGCUUUGGAAAGGCGGGGCACUAACCCGGAAGUGAUAUUAGUAACUUGUGGCGAAAAGUACAAACCUGUUCUUGUCCUGUUCCUGUUGGAUUUUAAUCGCUGGGUUUCAGUUCAGGAGCUGUAAUUCUAUUUUUGAAGGAUUUCUACUAUAAGCGUUAACGGGGAUCUGACGCUGUGGAGACAUGGUGGGCUAUGACCCUGGUUCUCAGGGUGCCGCUGUCUCCUCGGAGGAGGCAGCCGUCGCUGGAUCGGCUGCUGGGAUGGUUACCAGAGCCCUCGUCAGUCCCUUUGACAUCCUAAAAAUCAGGUUUCAGCUGCAGAUUGAGCAUCUGUCUUCACAAAGGCCGGAGGGGAAAUAUUGGGGAUUAUUUCAGGCAUCUCGCUGCAUUCGUUCAGAGGAGGGACUGUCUGCUUUCUGGAAGGGCCACAUCCCAGCACAGCUCCUCUCCAUCUGCUACGGGGCUGUCCAGUUUGCCAGUUUUGAGUUUCUGACUGAGAUGGUCCAUAAGUCGACGGCGUACGACAGUCAGACGUCAGGAGUUCACUUCGUCUGCGGCGGUUUGGCUGCCUGCUCUGCUACGAUGUUCUGCCAGCCUCUGGACACACUGAGGACACGUUUUGCAGCUCAAGGAGAACCCAAGGUGUACAGGAACUUGCGUCAUGCUGUUUCCACCAUGUGGCGCUCAGAGGGAAUGCUGGUGUUUUACCGCGGCCUCUCGCCAACGCUGAUGGCUGUGUUUCCGUACGCCGGACUGCAGUUCUUCUUCUACAACGUCUUUAAAAAGCUGCUGCCUCCUCCACCCAAAGCUGGAAACUCAGGAGGGAACCUGAGAAGCCUGAUCUGUGGCAGUGGAGCCGGAAUGAUCAGUAAAACUCUGACGUACCCCUUCGACCUGUUUAAAAAGAGGCUGCAGGUGGGAGGCUUUGAGGCGGCCAGAGCUCACUUCGGCCAGGUGCGCAGUUACAGCGGCCUGAUGGACUGCAUGCUUCGGAUAGCCAAAGAGGAAGGCGUCCGAGGAUUCUUCAAAGGCCUCUCGCCGAGCCUUCUGAAAGCAGCUCUGUCAACGGGCUUCACCUUUUUUUGGUAUGAAUUUUUUCUCAAUGUCAUGCAUGACGUCAAGGAGCGACGGAGAACAAACGGCCUCGCCAAAGACCUGGAGGACAGAUAAUGAAGAGAAAGACAGUAACACUUGCGCCUGGUUAUUUACUUGCACUGAACAAAUUUCUCCUGUGGGUCGACAGUGGCGGUUUCUGUGUUUACAAAUACGCACAAAAACACAUAUCCUCAUUUACUUUCUGUUUAUUCUGUCUGUACGUCUUGUGUUUUCCAACAUAGAAUAGAUUUAAAUGUAUUUAAUCUGUGUUUUUAAGGGUUUGCGGACAUUUGCUUUUAAAGGAAAUGUCUGAAUAAUGUUUUAUGUUCACAGUCAACUUUGCACAUUUCAAACACUGGCUUUAGUCAGUGGAGCCUUUGACAUUACAUUUCCUUGACAUUUCAGGAAUAAAUUGGUAGAAAAGAACUCAGAAAACAUUAGCUUUGGUGUUGUGUGGUGGUAUUGUGCAUUAAUAUUGUGCACAGAUAAAAAAGAGAAAGAAUAAUUCAUAUUUAUUUUAAUGUACGGUGCCAUGAAAAAGUAUCUGCCCGCUUCUUGAAUCCUUAUUUUUUAAAAUAUUUCCCCCACUUAAAUGUUUAAGCCCAUCAAACAUAUUUAAUAUUAGACAAAGAUAACCAAAGUAAGCACAAAAUGCAGUUUUUAAAUGAUGAUUUAAUGUUUUAAUAGAAAACAGCUAUCCAAACCUACCUGACCCUGUGUGAAAAAGUAAGUGCCCUCCUUGUUAAGUCAUGAAUUAACUGUGGCUAGUCACAUUUUUUGGUUCAAUAUCACCGACCACACCCAAACCUGAUUACCUUAAAUCACUUAAAUAGAACCUGUCUGACUGAAUGAAGACGGCCCAAAGAUCUCAUGAAGCUGCGACAAAAUGCUGCAGGACAACGAUCCAAAACACACCAGCAAGUGGACUUUUGAAUGGCUUAAGAAAAACUAAAUGAAGGUUCUGGAGUGGCCGAGUCUGAAUCAUUGAAAUGCUGGCAGGACCUUAAAAAGGCCGUUGAUGCUGGAAAACCCUCCAGUGUUGCUGAAUGAAAACAGUUCUGCAAAGAGAUGUGAAAGACUCAUUGGCAGUUCUAGAAAUGCUUGAUUUGAGUUGUUGCUGCUGAGGGCGGUCCAACCAGUUCUUAGGUUUAGGGGGCAAUUACUUUUUCACACAGGAACAGGUAGCUUUGAAUAGUUUUUUUCCCCUUGAAAAAUAUUAUCGUAAUUUAAAAACUGCAUUUUGUGUUUACUUGGAUUAUCUUUGUCUGAUACUCACUUUUUUUUGUUGGACUUAAACAUUAAAGUAGGAAAAUAUGCAAAAAAAUAGGAAUUUGAGAAGGGGACAAAUACUUUUUCACGGCUCCGUUUAUCAUGAUGGACAGAGCAGCAGUCUGAGGAUAGAUACGCUAAGCUAGGCUUGUUGAAGUGAUUGUGGUUGUGCCAACAUGUGAGUCAAACUCUGCAACUUUCAGGUCAUUAGUUUUGAAAUAAAAGUUUUUAUAAACACUAAGUUCUGUGUGAUGCAUCGACCAGAGAAGAGAGUGUGGAUGUGAAUGUGAACUUUACCGUCAACUUCAGGUGUGGACAUGAAUCACAAGACUCCAGUCAUUUAUUUUAGUUUCACACCUGCAAAAAAAAUGACAUUUCUGUAGAUUUGUGAAAAAUUUGGUAAAUUUUCAUGAAGACUUUACAUGCCUAUACAGACCUAGAACUGUAGAGUCUGACUCCUCAGGGAUUCAGCUCAGUUGUAAAAGUAAAUGCUGUCGAAAAAAAAUCUGUAAAUUGUGUGUUUGCUACUUAGUGUUGUACAUUUUUUUUGGAAAUGUGAAGUCUUUUGCAAAUUAAACUUUGCUCUCAAAAGUGCGCAUUUUACCACCAGGGUGCAAAAGUGCAAAAUAAAAGUUCAUAUUGUUUCUAAAUGAAAGAAAAUUAAUAAACGGAAGUCAGAGAAGUCAGA